UUAGCGCUGGUCGUCUUUAUCAUAGUUCCCAGAGCGACGAUCUUUUUUAUAGGCUUGCGCAGUAGAUUUUCUCUUACAUACUAGCUAGGAAUCUGCGAUCUCAAGGCCAAGCCCAGGCGCCACUCGUACUCUUAGGAAUGAAAAUAUUCCCAAUCUUGUUCGGGUUGAUUUGGGUCAAAAGGAUAAAAUGUGAUAUUAAUUUGCCGGAUCACAACUCAAGCAUAGAAAGGAGACUCUCAGAGUCAUCUGAUCGCUCUCGGUCUGGUUUCGUCUACGCACCUGGUGACGGAAAUCUCUAUCUAAAUGGAAAACUAUUUAAUUUUAGGAAUUUCAACGCCCCGACGAUUUUUGAAGGGGGAGAAUACCAAGGUCGUGAUAUAUUCAAAAGUAUUGCUGCCUUUGGGGCUCCGGUCACCCGCACGUACACUUUGCAAAUUGCCAAUGAUGCCUUGGAACAUGGAAAGCUGCCUCCCUCUGCUGGGCAUAUCACCGGUUGGGAUAAGAGAACAAAUGAUUGGAUAUACAAUGAAGACCAGUGGAGGAAGAUGGAUCAGAUGCUAGAUCUAUCCCGUCAUUAUGGCGUCAAGUUAAUAAUACCCAUAAUCAACCAAGAUUACGGAAAUCCAGACUCGAAUUACAUCGGAGACUUCAAUGAUCUAAUAAGACACAGAUACGGUAUAUACGGCUAUCAGGAGGCAGGCAAAAAGAUCGAUUUCUUCAAAGAUAGAAGCAUGAUCGACUCUUUCAAAAAACUCAUCACUUUCUUCCUCAAUCGAGUCAACACAUACAAUGGACUUCGAUAUGGCGACGACAACACAAUUUUGGCCUUCGAGACGGGAAACGAAAUGAGUUGGGGACAGUUUGCAAACCUCAGUUCUCAGCCAGCUCCAGCUCCAUGGACUAUUGAGGUUUCCCGACAUCUUAAAACCCUGGCACCAAAGAUACUUGUGAUGGAUGGAAGCUAUUCCCGUCAUCCAUCGUUCGCUUGGGAAAAAGAGGCGCUAGAAUCCAAAUACGUGGAUUUGUUUUCUUAUCACUUUUAUGGUGGAGGAGACACGGAAGCUUUCGACAUGCUGAAUGGUAAGGUACGCGCUUACGGAAAGACGCUAGUAAUCGGGGAACACGGUUUUUAUUCCGAUGUGAAGGUAUGGAGACAGGUAUAUAAACGGAUGACCUGUGCCGGAGCAUUAGCUUGGUCACUAUUACCUCACUCGGAGAAGAGCGGGUUUCUUACCCAUGGCGAAGGGCACAACAUCCAUGGUUAUCAUGUUCCGGGAUGGCAGAAACAAACCUCAAAGGAAUUCGACACCCAAGAGGAAGAAGUGAUCACUUCGACCUAUGAAGCUAGCUACACCAUUCUCGGACUAGAGCCUCCGCCCAAACCAAUUCCUGGCCGCCCGGAAGCAUUUAUCGUUACAAACGGCACACAUGCUGGUCUUUCGUGGAGAGGUGAAGCCUGGGCAGCUGGCUACGAAAUAUUCGGGGCUGAAGCGUGGGGUCGCAAUUUCAACCUCAUUUCGGACGUAAUACCAGACAACGUCGAAGCAGGCGGGAUCUUUAUCCCGCUGGAUCCCGAAAGGCCAACCGAUUCGCUCAACAUGACGCCACGGAAAUCAAAAGCAGAUGAAUCUCACAAGGGUUGGACAGACAGAAAAUGGUGCCGGAAGAGAUCCUUAUUGGGCUGUCACGGUUCACACCAACUGAUUGACUGGAGGGGAAGAGACAUUUUGGGAAACCUUGUUGGACACUCUAUGAAAGUGUUAGCGUCCAUGGAACCGAUAAGGGACCGGGAUCGCCCGGGUGGCUGGUACUCUGUCCGUGGAGUGAGUGCCGAUGGGGUUCCUGGCAAGCGUUCAAGACCAGUCUUCUUGGAAACGGAUUGGCAGAAUAACAAAAAGGGCCAGUGAAUCCCUAAGCUCCUGGCACUGCAGCUGUAAUCAGCAAGAAUUUACGGGCUGCACAUACUCAUGUUAUUGCAAAACAAAUAAUAAUUCUAAUUCAAGGUUCAGAAUAAUCUGCUUUAUCUACUUUGGAUUCCAUAAUAGUCACAUUUGAUGAAACAGAGCUUCCUUUCUUCUUCACCUGUUCCCUACCACCAGAAAUAUUCAAGAACAUUGGACAUCACAGCUCAACAUGGUUGCACAAGAGCCAAGGGCUACGUCUAACAUGAUGAAAACCCUUCCCAAGGAG